AAGCAGGCAUCGAUCGCAGUUCUCAAGGCAAAACACAUACACACACAACCCUCCGUGAUCUCUGAACAUUUCUGCAGGCGCGCCGAAGCAAGCACAGAUGGUGCACGGCACGACAUCCGGUCACUUCAGCAGCUUGUUCGCCUCAUUCGACAAGGACUCCGACGGCAAGAUAUCGGCUGCAGAGCUGCGGCUGUGCAUGAAGGCGGCGCUGGGUGAGGAUGUGUCGGCGGAGGACGCCGAGUCGCUCGUCAACUCGGCCGACUCCGACGGCGAUCGGCUAUUGGACGAGGAGGAAUUUCUCAGGCUAGUGGGCCGGCCCGAGGCCGAGACCACGGCCGACGACGAGGAGCGGUGCAGGGAGCUGAAAGAAGCUUUCGCGAUGUACGAGGUGAAGGGCGAAGGCUGCAUCACGCCGGCGAGCUUGAUGUUGAUGCUCAACAGGCUGGGCUCGCACCAGGGCAUCGAGGAUUGCCGGGACAUGAUCCAAAGGUUCGAUCUAAACGGAGAUGGAGUGGUUUGUUUCGACGAGUUCAAGGUCAUGAUGGAUGCCUAGCUGAGAAAAUUGUGUGAAUCUGAUGCACCGUUUGUUAGUUAAGGUUUUUUUUUCGUAUUGAGAAAUGAUACUUCAGUUGUUCAGUCAGCAUGGUAAGGAUUUUGCUCUCGAUCUUCAUAUCUUAAUGAUUUGGUUUUGUUAAUGUUUGAGGAUCCAACUCAAUUUUUUUUAAAAAAAAAACUGGCUGUAAUAGCAGGUCCAAUUCACAAUAUGUAUGAAAUCCUACGUCUGGUGGGAUUGGGUUUGGAGUUUCAAGAAGGCUUGGAGUGGUCGAUUGCUUGGUA